AAACGUGUCUAUUAAACAAGAAAAGCUUUUUCCUUUUUGCUGAUCAUUUUUCUUUUGUUUGGGCAAAACCCAAGACAGACUGUUUAAUUUUAUUCAGUCAAUUGAAAGAUCCUCUGUGUUUUAUUUGAUUUGGGUUUCUGUUGUCUGACAAGGGGAUUUAACGCUUCACUGGGAUUUUUUUUUUUGCGUCUUUUGUGUGUGUGUGUGUGUGGAAAGUGAAAACUGUUCCUUGAAGUUUGUGAGAGAAGCCCGUUUGCCGUUUCUUCUUGCUGUCGUGCGUGCAUUAAUCUGUUGCUUUUUUUGGAGUUUUCUGCCGCUUCUGUUGUGAUCAUGGAGAACAAACGAGCUGGGCAGAAAACUGAGAUGAAUUUUGGGCAGGAGAGUUCAAGGAGAAGGCUUUCUAAUAAAAAGCCGCCUCGUGGUAUGUUGUUUACCUUUGAAUUUCAUGUCAAUUUUGAAUUGGAGCUUUUUUUUUUUUGAAAAAAAGGAAAUUUAAAAUUACUUCUUAUGUGGAUUGGGUUGAUCCCUUCUGAAUAAUUCGUGGUUUGUUUCUGUUGGAAAAAAUCGAAUUUUUAUUUUGUUGAUUGUUGUUCUAUGGUUACUGUUGAGACUUUUCAGUAUGUGGUGUUUAGUCUGGAUAGUCUGAUGAUGAUGACGGUGAUGAUAUCUGUAAUGCUGAUUUUCUAAGUGUUGUUAUAUGUGUCGUUUUGAGGAAACCCAAUGGUCCCCCCCUUUGUAUUUCCGCUCUAUCAUCACUGAAUUUAGGUGAAGAAAAUUGGGAUUUAGGGGAUUUGGCGUGUGUGCAUGUUUUGUUUGUUUGUGCUUUUAAGGAUCUUGCAGUUUUUGUGCUGCUGCGUGUGGUCUAGGUUCAUUUGAUUGAGAUGAUUUGGAGUAAUUUUUCUAUGAAGUCUGCUCCUUUUUCCCUUUUUGGAACUAUGGUGUCCUUUGUUUGAAAGAUUGGAGGGUGUGGGGCGGUUAUGUUCGGGGACAGUCACAGUGACUUGUGUUCUUUGAAUGUGGCAGUGGUUGGUGUCAUUUACAAUGCUUGCAUUCAUUGAAUUUUGCUUUCUGAAGAUGUUUUAUGAAGAAUGUCUCCCCUUCUGAGAGGUAGGUACAGGGCGCCCUUGUAUUACAAGUAGAGAUGAGCUCAUCUCAUGUUUUGCUGUAUAAUUGGAUUUCUAGCUUCAGAGAACUGGGAAGUUUAUAGGGGAAAUAUCAGUGUAUGCAAAGAUAGUUAUGUUAUCAUAUACGUUGCCGUGUCCUCUACGUUAGGGAUGUCGUCGUGUGUACUGUUCUACGUGUUAGGUCAAAUACUUGAUAAUUACUAUUAGUUGUCUGUGCCUUACUAUGACAAUAUCUGUCUUAUCAUGUUGUGAUGUUUAUUCUGUUCCAAAUUCUCCACCCUUAUAUAUUGUCUAUUUGUCUGUUCCAUGUUAGGGCGAACGUCAGGGCGCCGACUCUGCUAUGUUUUUGGUCACACACUAUGAUUUCCACUUGUUGUUGUGUCUUACUGCCACGAUGUUUGUCGUAUUAUGCUGCCCUAUGUAUUCCGUUCCUAAUUCUCGCCCCCUGUUUAAUGCCCUGCUUUAGAUUUGUUUAUUUGAAUAAAUGUCCAGGUUUGCAUUAGCUAUUAACUUGAACUGAUAUUUUCCUUUUUCGCCUCUCUCCAGGUAGCAGCUGGCAGCCUACUAUACCGUCUUGGGAGAAAAAGUUCUGCAAAGAUGUCGGUUCAUUUGACUGGGCUACGCUGGUGGACAUGAAGAAGUACGUCUAUUUAUACGAAAAUGUGGUCAACUGGGAUGACUCUGCUGGCAAGGAGGCAUUCCAGAACGCCAAAAAGCGCUUCUUGGCUAACAUGCAUGGUCAUCCUUGUGAUAUCUCCUUACCCGAUCCGGACCUCUUCAUCGACGAAGUUGAUUGGGACUCAGAGAUUAAUCCGGAGCUGCUCAAUGACCUGGAGGACGGAUCUUCAGUUCAUGAUAUGACGGCGGAGACUGAACCUGUUGUGAUUUUUGGUGAUGGCCUUCUCCAGAACCAAGGUUACUCAGUAAAUGGUUGGGGGGACAUUGAAGAGGAUAUGAAAGCUGCUGUGGAUUCAAACAAUAAUCCAUGGCUUGGACAGACUGGAGGAGCUGCAAGAGACAAAGGAUGGGGAGAGAUUAGUUACAAUGCUGGUGCGACCAGUAUGAAUGGAGGAGAAAUUGGAGCUGCUGGCUGGCCUAAGUGGCAGAACCAGGGUGGUUCAUUCACUGGUUGGGGUAACGCUGAAGAGGAUUCCAAAGAUGCUUGGAAUUCAAAUAUAACCAAUCACUAUAAUCCUUGGGAACAAACUGCGCAAGAGGAUGGGUGGGGGCAUGUUGGAGCUGCUGAAUGGACUGGCAAUUGGGAGAACACCUGGUCGGGAGCUCACCCUGAUAAUCAAAAGAAGUACAGAAACCGGAGGACUGAGAAUCCUAGAGCUAGGGGAACCUGGGAUGCGAAGAACACAAAGAGUAAUGCCAGUCGCAGACAGAUGUCGAGCUACAGGACUUCAAGGGUCCAUGGCGAUGAGCAAAAAGGUGAUUAUGCUUGGAAGGGAAGGAUGAGCAGCCACAAUAAGGCAGCCUGUUUUUGAAAUUUUUUUUUGAUAGACAGAGCGCCGGAAUUUUAGGAACUCAUGAAGGCCUCUUAAUUUAGAAGACUUUAUAGGUCUUAAGAUUUACAGUCUGAUGUUGCUGUACAUUAGAAAUUUUUUCCUUUGUUUUUCUUUAUUUUUUAUUUUUUAUUUUUAUUUUUAGGACAUAAUUUGAGGAACAUUAUUGAAUUUAGGAAGGUUGCAUGAAAGAGUAGUGAAUCCUUGUAGAAUUGUUGUAUUAUUUCUGCCUGCUGGCAGUUUCUGUUGUAAAGUAGGUUGAAUAAUGAAAUAUUUAAAUCGAAUUGUUUUUUCGAUACA